UCCAAAAUAUGCAGAGAGGAGGGGCUUUGGGUUGGGGGCAAGUAACUGGAAGAGUUUCCAGCACCUUCUCACGCAUGGGGCAGAGAGAGAGCAGAAGAUAAUUGAUUGAAAAGUCCAAAACAUCUUUACUUAAUUUCCACUCGAUUGCCGGCAUAAACUGUGUGGCCUCUAAUCCCUUGUCUUCUCCCUUAAACUACUUUUUUAAUGAUUACACUCCCUCUCCCACCAACCAUCUUUCCAACUUGUUUUCUCUCCCAAACCCUAUUAAAAUAAUUAAACGAAAAAUUAAUUGGCGUAUGACAUGGAGAGGUAUGAGAUUUUGAAGGAUAUUGGGUCUGGAAAUUUUGGGGUGGCCAGGCUGGUCAGAGACAGGAUCACCGGAGAACUCUAUGCUGUUAAGUUCAUUGAGAGAGGCAACAAGAUAGGUGAACAUGUGCAGAGGGAAAUUAUGAACCACAGAGCACUGAAGCAUCCCAAUAUCGUUCUCUUCAAAGAGGUCCUGCUGACGCCAUCUCAUUUAGCCAUAGUAAUGGAGUAUGCUGCCGGGGGAGAACUUUAUACGAGAAUAUGCAAGGCUGGAAAAUUUAGUGAGGACGAGGCGAGGUAUUUCUACCAACAAUUGAUAUCAGGAAUUAGUUACUGUCAUUCAAUGCAAAUCUGUCAUAGAGACCUUAAGCUUGAAAAUACACUCUUAGAUGGCAGCACAGCACCCCGAGUAAAAAUAUGUGAUUUUGGACACUCAAAGUCAGCAUUGCAUUCUCGGCCAAAAUCUGCUGUAGGAACCCCAGCUUAUAUUGCACCUGAGGUCCUUUCGACAAAACAAUAUGAUGGAAAGAUUGCAGAUGUUUGGUCUUCUGGAGUUGCCUUAUAUGUGAUGUUAGUUGGAGCAUACCCCUUCGAAGAUCCUAAAGACCCUAUAAACAUCAAAAAAAUUAUUGGGCGAAUCCUUACUGUACGCUACUCAAUUCCAGAUACUGUCCGAGUUUCCAAGGAAUGUAAAGAUCUCUUAUCUAAAAUAUUCCUGGCAAACCCCGAAAAGCGAAUAACAGUUUCGGAAAUUAAAAGCCACCCGUGGUUCUUAAAGAACUUGGCUGUGGAAAUGAUGGAAGAAGGAAGCUGGCAGUGCUACGAUGUAAAUACUCCAGCCCAGAGCAUAGACGAAGUUCUAACAAUAAUACAAGAGGCAAAAAAGUCGUUAGAGGUCCUAAAUGCUGCUGAUAGGCCUCGUCCUCGAAGCAGCGGCAGCAGCAGGAGCAGGAGCAUGAAUCCUUGACGAUUUGGUUGCUGGUGUUGAAGAUAUUGAAACUUUAAGUGGUGUUUUUGCAUUCACAAAUCUUACUUGUGAAUUUGGGCCCUUAAUGUAUGUCGCAUUUUGGGUUACUGUUAGUUUGUGCCCAGAAAAUAAUACUUCCAACCCAAGGUUUGGGGUAGACAUAUUUCUGACGGAUUAGAUUGGAACCAGACCAACAAAAAUUCCAAUUUAUUUCUAAAUUAUCUUCCACUUUA